UCCUCCUUCUAUCUUCCAUCAUCAUCCCUCUCUUCCGUCGACUACGUACAUUUUCCGUCUUGCAUCUGCCGGCUUUCAAUACUGCUACAUAUCGUCGCUCUCGUGUCCACCCCACAGCAACCCAUCGUCAGCCUGCCUCGUUAUCCACACCAACCUUAUCCGCUACCCCAUAACCGCCCAUUCAGCUCACCAUGAGAUCCAAGUUCAAGGACGAGCACCCCUUCGAGAAGCGCAAGGCUGAGGCCGAGCGUAUUCGCCAGAAAUAUGCCGACCGUAUCCCAGUUAUCUGCGAGAAGGUCGAGAAGUCCGACAUCGCCACUAUCGACAAGAAGAAGUAUCUAGUUCCCGCAGAUCUUACAGUUGGCCAGUUCGUAUAUGUCAUCCGCAAGCGCAUCAAGCUGUCGCCGGAGAAGGCCAUCUUCAUCUUCGUGGAUGAGGUCCUUCCUCCUACAGCAGCUCUUAUGAGCAGCAUCUAUGACGAGCACAAGGAUGAGGACGGCUUCUUAUAUAUCACGUAUUCUGGAGAGAACACAUUUGGUGACUGCUGACGGGCUUGGACCUGGAACCUGUCGACAGUUCGCAGAAAUCAAUUUGCUAGAAUGACUUGUUUUAAACCGCGAUCCCAGCCAUCGCUCGACGAUCAUAAUGAAAUCAACGUGACGGGAUAGCGUGUGUGUUUUUUUGUCGUGCCGGCGUUAUAUGGGUUGUCACUUUUGAGUUCUUCUACAUGAUUUCAACAGCGAUACUAGCAGUUUUCCCCCGACAGUGAGUCCUGCAUCGCAGAUGCCAUCUCGACUAGUCAUUCCGUCUGCCGUCGCCCUCAAGAACAAAGACGAUGCGGACGAGCUGCGGUGCAUUCCUUUAGAAGAUGCUAGGUAUCUGCAUGGUGCGGCUUUACUUGUGUGUAUUUGCAGUUUGACACAUCUAUCUAGCUAAAUCAAUGAAUUCUCGUCCAAAUCGUUUA